AGCCGGGGCUCAGAUUGUCUGUGUGAGAACAAAGAAGAAAGGACCAUGGGCUUUCUGCUGCUGAUCCUUCUGGCUCUGCUAGCCUCUGUCCUGGGGGGCUUCUACCUCCUGGGGGCUGUCAGGCAGCGUCGACCCGGGGAACCCCCCCUGGACCGGGGCCCCAUCCCCUGGCUGGGCCAUGUCCUUGAGUUCCGCAGGGACACAGCAAAGUUCCUGGAGAGGAUGAAGGGGAAGCAUGGGGAUAUUUUCACCGUGCAGCUGGGAGGAUUCUACUUCACAUUCCUUAUGGACCCUAGGUCCUUUGGGAUGGUUGUGAAGGAGGCCCGCACCAAACUGGACUUCAGCAAGUUUGCACAGCAUCUGGUGCAGAAAGUGUUUGGUUACCACUCCGACCACAGGUUUCCUCAGAUGUCCAGCAACAAGCACCUGAUGGGGGACGGUUUAGUAGUCAUGACACAGGCUAUGAUGAGCAACCUACAGAAUCUGAUGCUGCACAGUGUAGGGACAGGGGAUAAUAACCAUAUGACCUGGAAUGAGGACGGUCUGUUCAGCUACAGCUACAACAUUGUCUUCCGGGCAGGUUACCUGGCUCUGUUCGGUAAUGAGACACCAAAAUCCACAGGGAGCAUGGAGAAAGCCAGAGAAGUCGACAGAGUGGAGUCCCAAGAGCUCUUCCUUGAGUUCCGUAAGUAUGACCAGCUCUUCCCCAAUCUGGCCUAUGGGGUCCUGCUUCCAGGGGAGAAGAGAGAGGCGGAGAGGCUGAAGCGGCUGUUCUGGAACAUGCUGUCAGUGCAGAAGGUGAAGACCAAGGAGAACAUCAGUGUCUGGGUGCGUGAGCAGCAGCAGGAGAGGGAGGAGCACGGUAUGGAAGACUUCAUGCAGGACAGGUACAUGUUUCUUCUCCUUUGGGCCUCACAGGGCAACACAGGCCCUGCUGCCUUCUGGCUCCUCUUCUACCUCAUGAAGAAUCCAGACGCCAUGAGGGCCGUGCAGGGGGAAGUGGAGGAGGUGCUGAAGGAGACGGGCCAGGAGGUGAAGCCCGAAGGCCCUUUCAUCAACCUGACCCAGGACAUGCUGCAAAAGACGCCCAUCCUGGACAGCGCCGUGGAGGAGACACUCCGCCUCACCUCCGCCCCCGUCCUCACCAGGGCCGUGCUCCAGGACAUGUCCCUCAAGAUGGCCGACGGAAACGAGUACCACAUCAGAGAAGGAGACAGAGUAGCCCUGUUUCCUUACACUGCUGUCCAGAUGGACCCGGAGGUCCACCCCGACCCACUCACCUACAAAUAUGAUCGCUUCCUGACCGCAGAGGGGAGCAAAAAGACUGACUUUUACAAAGGUGGGAAAAAAAUUAAAUACUACAACAUGCCAUGGGGUGCUGGGAUCACUAUGUGCCCAGGACGCUUCUUCGCCACCAACGAGCUGAAGCAGUUUGUCUUCCUCAUGCUCACAUACUUUGACUUUGAGCUCAAGAACCCAGAUGAAAAGAUACCUGAUAUUGACACCAAGCGCUGGGGCUUUGGGUCCAUGCAUCCAACCAGAGACAUCCAGUUUAGAUACAGACUCAGGUUUUAAAAAUGGUUGACAUACACAAACCAGCCUUUGACAACAUUUAGACUACUGUUAAUCUGAUGAUGAUUAUUCUAAACUGUGUCUAAACAUUCAUUUAUCUAGAGUACAUAGUACAGUAAAAUGUGUUACAGUAUUACAAUAACUGGAUAUAAUUGCUGUGUUAAUUUAGAUGAAAAAUAAUUUACCUUUUCUCUCUUUGAAAAUGACUGGAAGGAAUAUUUUUGUUUAUGCUUAGAGUCAACUGGAAAGUAGAUAUUGCAUAAUUGAAAGCACUCUAAGAAAAAAAGGUUUCAAAUGGGUUCUUCAGCUGUCUCCAUAGGAGAACCCUGUUUGGUUCCAGGUAGGACCCUUUGGGUUCAAUUUAGAACCAUCUGUGGAAAGGGUUCUACAUUGAACCCAAAAGGGUUUUACCUGGAACCAAACAGGGUUAUUCAAAGGAUUCUCCUAUGGGGACAGCCGAAGUACCCUUUUAGGUUGUAGAUAUCACCUUUUUUUCUAAGAGUGUAGAAUACACCUCUUCAGAAUGGCAUGGCUCCCAAAGUUUUAGUACGUAUUCUAGGUAAUACCAAUUCCCCAGAAAGUAUACUCGGUCACAACAGACUUUAUAUGGGCAAAUAAAACUCAUAGAAUAUAAACAAAAGUCUCCCUUUAGGGUGGUUUUAACCUUCCAGACUUGGAAUUGUAUCAACUCGCUGAGGCUUUUACUUGCCUUAUAUUGUUAAAUGUGCUAAAGAGGAAGAUGCGCCUGCAUAUUGAAGAUGCACCUGCUCAUCCCCAAAAUCUUUUCAUGUAUCUAUUUUCAAAGGACAAAGCUAAGAACAUUACCCUCUUCAUAGUUAAGGAAAAAAAACAUGGAAGAAAACGUAGCGUAUUCUACAAGUAACAAUAUCACUCCCAAAAAACACAACCGUAUAGAAGAAUCCUUGGAUAGCUUUUCAGAAUUCACCAAUAAAUUGGUCCACAUGGAAAAACUAAAGGCAUAGAAACCGUAAAUGACUUGGUUAUAGGAAAUAAAUGUAUUUCCAUGACAGCAUUAAAAAGCAAUUUUGAAUUGACCAAUGUAGAUAUUUUCAAGUACAUGUAACUUAAACGUUUUAUAUCACGAAAUUUCAAUUUGAAAUCUUUUUUUUUAUACAUCAGAGCAAUCUUGAGGGAAUCCUAUUUGAGUCAGAAAAGGAUAUUCAUAUGAUAGGUAAGAUAUAUAAAACCUUGCAGAGAGCCUAUCCAACUGACAAUCUCUUAGAAAAAAAUAUAAACUAUUGGAACCAAGACUUAUAAGCAACUAAUAUUAGCACAAGAUGGAGGGAAUGUUGGAACAUAGCUAACGAAAUUACAGUAAAUGAAAAUGUGCACUUAAUCCACUAUUAACUAAUGUAUAGAAUUAAUUAUACAAGAGACAAAUUUUACAAAUUCAACAGCACAAUGGCAGAGUCAUGUCGAUGGCAAAAAACAAAAUAGUGCAGUUGGAGGCCAUGUUGCCGGAGAGUGAUGCUGAGGGUGUGAGCAUGUUGGUCUGGGCAGGUGUGAUGUAGUUGAUGUUUGUAUUGUUUCAAAACAUUUCAUAAAAUCUUACCAAAAAAAAAGAAAGGCACAGGUGUUCUAAACUAACUCCAUGUAGGAGAUGAGUUGACAUUUAUUUAAAGCUACUGCUGUGUACUGUAUUGUUGCUUGUAUUAUCUUUUUAGUCUGGUUCACUUGGGAAGUUAUUCAUUACACUUUCUAUAGUGUAUCAAUACACUCAGUCACUACAAAGAUACAGACGUCCUUUCUAACUCAGUUGCCGGAGAGGAAGGAAACCGCUCAAGGAUUUCACCAUGAGGCCAAUGGUGACUUUAAAACAGUUAGACUUUAAUGGGUGUGAUAGGAGAAAACUGAGCAUGGAUCAACAACAUUGUGGUUACUCCACCAUACUAAACCAAUUGACGUUGUGAAAAGAAGGAAGCCUGUACAGAAUACAAAUAUUCCAAAACAUGCAUCCUGUUUUCAACAAGGCUCUAAAGUAAUACUGCAAGAAAUGUGGCAAAGCAAUUCACUUUUUGUCCUGAAUACAAAGUGUUAUGUUUGGGGCAAAUCCAAUUCAACACAUCCCUGAGUACCACUCUCCAUAGUUUCAAGCAUAGUGGUGGCUGCAUCAUGUUAUGGGUAUGCUUGUAAUCGUUAAGGACUGGGGAGUUUUUCAGGAUAAUAAAUAAACAGAAUGGAGCUAAGCACAGGCAAUGUCGCCGAGGAAAAUAUGGUUCAUUCUGCUUUCCACCAGACACUGGGAGAUGAAUUCACCUUUCAGCAGCACAAUAACCUAAACCAAUAAACCACACCUAAACACUUGAGUUGCUUACCAAGAAGAAAGUGAAUGUUCCUGAGUGGCUGAGUUACAGUUUUGACUUAAAUCUAAUUGAAAAUAUAUGGCAAGACCUGAAAAUGGUUGUCUAGCAAUGAUCAAUAACCAAUUUGACAGAGGUUGAAUAAUUUUUUAAAAAAUAAUGGGAAAAUGUUGCUCAAUCCAGGUGUAGAAAGCUCUUAGAGACUUACCAAGAAAGACUCACAGCUCUAAUCGCUGCCAAAGGUGCUUAUACAAAGUAUUGACUCAGGGGUGUGAAUACUUAUAUAAAUGAGAUAUUUCAGUAUUUCAUUUUCAAUAAAUUAGCAAACAUUUCUAAAAUCAUAGUUUCACUUUGUGAUAAUGUGGUAUAGUGUGUAGAUGGGUGGAGAAAAAUACAUAAUUAAUAUAUUUAUAAUUCAGGCUGUUACACAACAAAAUGUGGAAUAAGUCAUGGGGUAUGAAUACUUUCUGAAGGCACGGUAUGCCACAGUGUGGACACAAAAGGCAGAUGUCUAAAUCAGUCUGACAUUACUAAAGUUUUCCCAAAUCCACACUCUACAUGGACUACUCAGAAAAAGUAGCGAGAAUUAUAUAAUGUGGGGGCAUUCAGUUUAAUCCACCCUGAACCACAUAAACAGCUACUAGGCCUAUUUCGUAAGACUUGUACCCAUUUGUGCCCUUAAAGAGAGACUGCCUUUAAAAAGCAAUGAAUCCUUUUGAAAAAUGUCUAUGUGGCAUCCAUAUGAGUCAGAAGCAGUUAUUCUAGUGUCAAAAUUGACUAGUGUAAAUAGGAUACUUUUGGUCAUAAAGUCAGUCUCGUCUAAAAUGGAAUUUGGAACAUCCUGUGCGUCACAACAGGUAAAUGACGGUUGGGUUUUGAUUGACCCACUAACAUGUGGUGAACAGCUGCGGUGAUUGCUCUCUAUCCAAUAGCAUAGACAGUGAGACAGACCUGCCCAGCAGCUACGUUUACAUAAGAUAACACGUUGUGCAUUUUUUUUUUUACUUGAGAAAUACUGCACCAAACACCUUAGUUAGAUGUAAAAUUGCUCAACUAAAACAUCCUCGGCAAAAAUGUACAAAUUAAAUUGUCACGCCGACUCAUGCUCCCUCCCUCCGGCGCUCGAAGUCGCCGUUCUACUAACCAUCAGCCCUGGCAACUAUUAUUACGCACACCUGUUCCCAAUCAUUAAGCACACCUGGUCAUCAUUUACACUGUGAUUACUCCCGCUUUAUUUAUCCCUCAGUUGACAUCAGUCAUUAUGUAAUAUUGUUUUCUCUCUUUCUGUACGCUGCUCAUGUUUGCUCAUCAACAUCGUUUCUUUAUUAAACUCACCUACUGCA